CUCUCGCGUGACGACAAUCAGCAACUAUAACUAGCAAAUGUUUUUGAAAUAGCUAAAUGUAGUUUGCGAACGAAAAAGUUACACGUUGUUAAGUCGCUAAAUGUACCGCCUUCUAUGGUAGAUAGCUUCCUCCUUACUAACGUUAGCUUUCUAAGAUAUAGUUGUUGAGUCGGAUAGGAAUCUAGCUAAGUUAGCUGGCUAUCCAGGUGGAGUCAGCAGCAGCACAAAAUGACUUCCGCCUCUACUAAGGUGGGAGAGAUCUUCUCAGCCGCAGGAGCUGCCUUCACCAAGCUGGGUGAGCUUACCAUGCAGCUGCAUCCAGUAGCUGACUCCAGCCCUGCAGGAGCCAAAUGGACAGAGAUGGAGAUCGAGAUAUUGCGUUCAGCUGUGCAGCGUUUCGGUGAUGAUCUGAACAGCAUCAGCUCUGUGAUUAAGGAGCGCACUGUAGCCCAGAUAAAGACAACAGUGAAGAGGAAACUGUAUGAGGACAGCAGGAUGCCCCUCUCCUCAGACUCUCUCAAAAAGACCACCAAGAAGACCACGGUCACCAUGGCAGCCGCACCAGCACCCUUGGCCCCCACAGUAAUUGCUGUGCCCACCUCACAGGUUGUCCUGACAACAGGGCUUCAGAGCACCUCCCCUAUGCCCCCUGCCAUCAAGAAACAGAAAACCGCAGAUGUGACGCUCAGUGCUCUGAAUGACUUGGAUGUGAACAGCGACCUAGUGGACAUUGAGGGACUGGGAGAUGGAUCCAACACCAAGCUCAAUUUCGAUCAAGAGAGCCUCAACCUGGACUCCAGCCUCAUCAUGAACUCCAGUGACUUGCCCCUCUUGUCUCGCUGACCUCUAACCCCACUGUACCCGUGGGAUGGAAAACCUGGAAAACCUGGGUCCCUCUAUCACCAGAAAGCAGAUUACAGUUGAAUUGUGACACAGAGGGUAGCAGUUCGACUGCCAUCUAAGGUGGUUAUAAAGAAAGCUUGCAGAAAUGGACAGGCCUCAUUCUAAUGUCCGUUUGAAAAUCAGAAGAAAAAGGAGCCCUCUUAACACUGACAUGUUGUUUUUGGAGAACAAAAUUUAAGAUUGUGGCUGAUUUUUGUAAAAUGACACUACAAUGAAAAGGAAUAAUAAAAGAAUCAAAGAACAUCUGUAAAUUA